GCAGGAGCGAUAGAGCUGUGACACAAUUUAUUUCUUUUCACGAAUCCCUUACAAUUAGCCUUCCCGUUGGCCGUUCGUGCGCACUUUCCAGUGCAUCCACUGGCAUGUCACUUCCCGCGCCGCCGCGCAUUGCCGCCAGGUGGCCGUGCUGUCGCGAUGGAAAAAGUUUUAGUGGGGGUAAAAAUGUCGGGCGAAUUGUCACAAGCUUUGUUUACAUCUCGCCGAGCCACGUGAAUUUCCAUAUCAAAUUGCUGUGGUGGAUAUUAGUUAGGCGCGAUAUGAAUAAGUCUAUAGAGAUUGCAAUAACGUGUGAUUUGAGUGGGGCGUUGUUCACGUGCUGCGUGUGGGAUGCCAAAACAGGGAAUCACCUGAUGGUGUAUCGCGGCGGCGGGGCCGUGAAUCCGCGCUGCGUGUCGCUGGUGGACAACAAGUUCCUGCUCACGUCGGACGCCCACAAGCCGCUACUGCACAUCUGGCCCAUCAACAGCCAGGAGCAGGUGCGGAACAAGCGCUUUGUGAUGCCCGGCUGCGUGUCGGCGCUGGCCACGUCUCCGGACGGGACGUUCAUCGUGGCCGGGGUGGCGGAGGUGGUGUACGUGUGGCACUUCCACAGCGGAAAGAUGGUGGCGUCGCUGGGGCGCCACUUCCAGACCAUCACCGUGAUCCGCUUCCACCAGAGCGGCUCGCACUUCGUGACGGCGGGCCAGGACGGCAUGAUCCUCGUGUGGCAGCUGGCGCGCUGCGUGGACCUGGACCGCAGCGCCACCAUCGAGCCCCUGUACAAAUUCACACACCACUCCCUUCCAGUGCAGGACGUGCACGUGGGCUGCGGCGCCGCGGGGGCGCUCAUCUACAGCGUGUCCGCGGACCGCACAUGCAAGGUGUUCGACUUCGCAAGCGGCGCCCUGGUGAUGAACCUCGUGUUCCAGGAGGCGCUCACGGCCAUAACGGUGGACAAGGCGGAGUCGCGCGCCGUGGUGGGCACGGCCGACGGUCCCAUCUACGAGGUGCGGCUGCAGGCGCCGCCGCGCUCGCGCGAGAUCCACAUGGACUCUAACGACGUGCGGAGCGUGUUCAUGGGCCACACGGGCUCCGUGAUGUGCCUGUCCAUCAGCCUGGACGGCGUGACGCUGCUGUCCGGCGGCGAGGACGCCAAUGUGUGUGUGUGGCACAUUCCCACCAAGCAGCUCAUCCGCGUCAUCUCCCACAAGGCGGCCGUGACGAACGCCUUCUUCACGCUCACGCCCUCCACCAUGUUCGACGAGGAGGUGGAGCACCAGCUGGGCGCCAACACGUUCCAGCGCAUGAUGGAGACUGUGGACAAGUUCGAGGAGCUCACGAUCGACGUGGAGGCGCCCGCGGACGGCGCCCUGGUGCCCCAGAGCACCGCCUCGGCGUCGCAGCACGCCUUCAGCAAUGCCAACAGCACGGCGGACGCCCAGAAGCACGAGUACUACAUUCGGCAACUGAGGAAGAUCAACACGGAUCUCUAUAAAUACAUUGUUGAUAAUCAAUUGGGAAAAUAAAUUCCACACUUGAUGCAUUUCCCGGAGCGGAAGAGAGCGCUUUUUCUUGGCCAGGCUCAAGAUGCGAGAGUGAGAGAGGAGGCGUGGAUUCCAAGGGCGCUCCCGGGAAGUGAUGAUAAAAUACACCGUUCCGCGAUUAAUUACCCGCCAUGUAAUUCAUGUAAAUAAUUCAAGAGGCACUUGAGUUUGUCCUCCCAAUAGAAUUAACUUGAAAUUAACCAUGAUUUUGUUUACAAGGAGUUCAAAGUAGCGACAAUAAUACUUAGAAAUUAUCCUCUAGAAUUUAUAUAGUUAUCUUUGAGUUUCACGCAUGAAAUUCUUGCCUAAUAUUGUGUUUCAAAGAAAUCCUUCUCUAAGAAUAAUUACAAAACUAUCACCAAAAACAAAUAUGUCAAAGCUUCAUAGAUAAAUAAGUUAUUAAAGGUGUUGAAAUUAU